AUGUCUUCCUCCAAGCCUCUCCACACUUACCACCGUCACUCCAAAUCAAAAUCCACUAACAGGGUGGAUUUCAUUCCUUCAAUUCCUAGGGCUCCUAGGAUCCGUCCCUCUUCCUCUGUUCCUGUUGGAGAUUCCUCUCCUUUUGUGUCUUUUGCGGCUGCCUCCUUCUUUGAUGAGGUUGUCUCAAAGAGAAAAUUUAUUCCUGAGAGGACUUAUCAGUUUGAUGUUGUUCCCUUGGCGGCUCAGGAAUCUGCAAAUCAGAUUUUGGAGCACUACCACCUUCAUGCCCUAAACUCUCUCUCUGGUCAAUCCCCAUUACUCUGA